UUUCAUCAGCCGCAUUCGCUGACGAAACUGCAACGUCGACUUUUACUCGUGGUUCUGUUGGUUAAUUGUAAAAAAGAUUAUUUAUGUCAUUUCAGGUGAUUAAAGCGCUUUUAAAAUUACGCGCUACAACUUUAACGGCUAGAAAAUUCAAACAAAAUUGGCUACUAGAAGCUUCCAGUUGGAACGGACUUCAUUACACUCACAUUCCCUAUAAAUCAUUUAGUGGUUCACAUAAUCCGUUACUAACAAAAUCAGCUGUUAAAAAGUCAGAUACAUCACCUGCACCGCAAAGUGUUUGGGGUUCAAAGAAAACUAAACGUAAAGUGAGGUUACAAACGUUUAAUCCAAUGAGUAAUCCAGAAAUAGAAGUGCAAUUGGCACCAUUGCGUCAAAAGGUGCUCGAACAAGGUAAUCUGGUACGCGAACUGAAAGCGAAAGGUGCACCUGAAUUAGAUGUAAAAAAAGCCGUUGCUGAACUUAAAAUACGUAAGAAAACUUUGGAAGAUCGUGAAUUGGAACUAACACCAAAUGUAGUUACUUUUGAUCGUUCGAAAAUGGAAGAUUUACUGAAGCGGCGCUUCUUUUAUGAUCAAAGUUUUGCAAUUUACGGUGGCAUAACUGGUCAAUAUGAUUUUGGUCCUAUGGGUUGUGCUUUAAAAUCCAAUAUAUUAAGUUUAUGGAGACAAUUUUUCAGUUUAGAAGAGCAAAUGCUUGAAGUUGAUUGCUCAAUUCUCACACCUGAACCUGUUCUAAAAGCAUCUGGACAUGUUGAUCGUUUUGCAGAUUUAAUGGUGAAGGAUACUAAAACCGGAGAAUGCUUUCGUCUAGAUCAUUUAAUUAAGAAUGCACUGGAGAAGUUAUCAAAAGAGAAGAACGCGACUGCGGAACUGAAAGCUGAAUGUGAAGAUAGCGUCAUAAAAUUAGAUGGCAUGAACAAGGAGGAAAUGGCUGCAGUGCUACAAAAAUACAACAUGAAAUCACCGCUCACUGGAAAUGAUUUGACAGAACCAAUUGAGUUUAACUUAAUGUUUGCCACACAAAUUGGUCCUACAGGUUUAGUUAAAGGUUUCUUAAGACCAGAAACGGCGCAAGGUAUUUUUGUGAACUUCAAACGACUACUGGAAUUCAACCAAGGCAAAUUGCCUUUUGCUGUGGCACAAAUAGGUAAUUCAUUCCGUAAUGAAAUUUCCCCACGUUCCGGUUUAAUACGUGUACGUGAAUUUACCAUGGCUGAAAUCGAACAUUUCUGUGAUCCAACACAAAAGGAUCAUCCUAAAUUUGAGAAUGUAAGCUCGACGCUAAUGACGCUUUACUCUGCCUGCAAUCAAAUGGACGGCAAAUCUGCGCAGCAGUUAACAAUAGGCGAAGCCGUGAAAAGUGGACUUGUGGCUAACGAAACGCUCGGUUACUACAUGGCACGUAUACAUCAAUUUGCUGUAGCGAUUGGCAUUAAGCAAGAGUGCAUGCGAUUCCGUCAGCAUAUGAACAAUGAAAUGGCGCAUUACGCUUGUGACUGCUGGGAUGCCGAAUUUCUUACAAGUUAUGGUUGGGUAGAGUGCGUUGGUUGCGCUGAUCGUUCCGCUUACGACUUGAGUCAGCACAUGGCCGCCACAGGUGUACGUUUGGUAGCAGAAAAACGCUUGCCUGCACCGAAAACUAUUGAAGUUUCCGAAAUUGUAGCCAACAAACAAGCGCUAGGCAAAACAUUCAAAAAGGAUGCCAAGCUAAUUACUGACGCCUUAGCUAAGUUAACAUUAGAUGAUAUUAAAACUGUCGAACAGGAUUUGACCACAAAGAACGAAUAUGUGCUGAACGUAGCAUCAGCGAAUGAAUUCAAACUUACGCCAGACACAAUCAGCGUGAAGCAUACCACAAAAACUGUGCACGUUGAGGAAAUCAUACCUAGUGUGGUGGAACCAUCUUUUGGUAUUGGACGUAUUAUGUAUGCACUCUUGGAACAAAAUUUCCAAUGCCGUGAGGGUGAUGAACAGCGUUGUUACUUUACACUGCCUUCUGUGAUUGCGCCACUGAAAUGCUCAAUUUUGCCUCUAUCGAAUAAUGCAGAAUUCAAUCCCUUUAUACGACAACUCUCAGCCAGUUUAACAAAAGCAGAGCUUUCACACAAAGUUGAUGAUUCAAGUGGUUCAAUAGGACGUCGGUACGCACGUACUGAUGAAAUUGCGAUACCAUUUGGUAUUACAAUUGAUUUCGACACGUUGAAGGCUCCACAUACUGUUACUCUAAGAGAUCGUAACACCAUGAAGCAGGUACGCAUCAGUAUUGAUGAAGUUAUAGAUGUCGUUAAGGAUUUGUCCACUGGUAAAGUGCAGUGGAGCGAAAUUUUGGAGAAAUUCCCAGUAUUCGAACAACAGGAAGCGACCAAAUAAGCACAUUCUCGAAAUUUUUAAAAAAUCUCUUGAUAUAAAAGCAAGACAGAGCCAUAAAAGUUCGAUUUUAUAAAGGAAAAAAUACAGAAAAAGCAUAUAUGAAACAAAAUUGGUAAAAAGCAACGCAAGACAUUUCACCACAAAACAUUUUGUU